GCGAAGCAUAUCAAGACUGGACAGAAGUUGAAAAAGUAGAGGCUAAUAAUUUUGGGACGAUGAGAGAGACAGUAAGAGAGAGAGGCAGUGAGAGAGGUUGGGCUCCGGACAGCAGACGCAGAUCACGGACCAGAUGGACAGCACUGGGCAGGGAGUUCUCCAGAUCAAGAGGGAGAAGCAGGCAAAGGCGAUCGGCAGCAGCUUGGCAGAGGGACCAAAACAUGUAUCAGAAUCAUAGUACUUACAAGGAAGGGGGGUAUGACAGAGGGAUAUACAAACAGGCCACUGCAUUCUUCUUCACAAAUUUCCCAAAGGAGUGGAAUUAUGAAGAUAUGUGGAAAACUUUUGGGAAGUAUGGAAGGAUUUUCGCAAUCUACAGUCCGGAAAGAAGGAGUAGGAAUGGUGGAAGGUUUGGGUUUGUUAGGUUCCUGGAUGUGAAGAAUAGCAAGGACUUGGAAAGGCAACUUGACCAGAUUCGGGUUGAAGGAAGAAAGAUAUGGGUGAAUUUAGCAAAAUACCCAGAGGAAGAAAGACCAAGACAAAAGCACCAAGUGGGGUUGAACACAGCUACUAUUGACCAGGAGAGAACGUUUGCAGAUGUAGUAAAAGGAAAACAGGGGGUCAAUAUGGGGAACACCAGGGUUGAACCGAAGGAAAGGAUAGAGUUGAAUGCCCUGGGUAAGGACAAAAGCAGAAUGAGGAAUGGACGGGAAGAUCAGAGACAGGUGUGGAAGAUAAAAAACAGGGAGGAGGAGUGGAAUGGUAUUGAGUACAAGGUACAGGAAGGGGAUUAUGAAUGGUUACAAGGGUGUUAUGUGGGGACUGCACAUUCAGUGCAAAUAGUCCCAAAUCUGCAAGAAAAAUUUUUCAUGGAGGGGUUUUUUUCCUGUCGACUACGAGCCAUGGGGGGCAAACUCGUCCUCAUGGAUUGUGUAGACAAGGAAGAACUUAAAGACUUAGUGCAGAACGGUGCAGAUUGGUUGAGCCAAUGGUUUUCUGAGGUAAGACCAUGGACGCCAGCCAUAGUGGCAAAGGAAAGCAAGAAGAGAAGGUUUGAUAUAGCUAGAUUCCUCAUCUCCACAGAGUGUAUGGAUCCAAUAUCAGUUCAAAAAGCAGUUAAAGUCAAUGGAGAUCUAUAUACUUUGAAAUUUAUAGAAGAAGAAUUAACAAACAUCUUGUUCUCCUUAAGACAAGAUUUUAUGCCAAAUUUCCUGAGCGAAUCAGAGCAUGAAGACUCAUGGUCACUUAGUAGUAGUGAUUAUGGGAAUAACCAGCAGGAUGUAGAGGAGGACAAAACGCAGAAGCAGAGUGAGCUGAUUAACAGUGAAGAAGACGACGGACGGAAGUCACGCCGGUGCAGAAGGGAAGCCAAAGGAGGCGCCAUCCUUGUAGAUAGUGAGGUCGAGCUGGCUUCUGACAAACGCAGCUUCUCUGCAGGUGGAAUUAAUGAAGGGUAUGGAAACUCCCAAUCUUUACUCAAAGAUGUAGAAACCGUGGAAGGAGUGGCAGACAGCAUUGAUGAUGGAGUAAAAACGGAUGGGACAGUAGAUAGCAGAAAGGAUGGACUGCAUGGGGGUGGUUUGAAUUCAAAAAUUGACAGCCAAAUAAUAGAAAGUGAAGAAGCAGACAAGGAGUAUGUGGGCCAGGGAGCCGAGCACAGCAAUUGGAGGACGGGCCUUUGUCUCAAACGGCCCAAUGGCAAAGGAGUAGCACGGGCUUGUGAGGAGAAAUCAGCCAACAGCUGGGUUGGGGCAGAGCCAAGGGAAGAGAAUGGGCCGAGAGAAGAAGUGAUGCCGGGGAAAAAACAAAAGGAAGAUCUAAAGAGCAAAGCCGAAAACAGCAACACAUUCUGGGAAGGGUUUGAAAGUGAAGAAGGUAGCGAGAAAGAAUGGAUGGGAAGAACGACUCAAAGGGACAAAAAGAGAAGAAGAAAAAGGGCCAAAUCAUGUAGUCUUGUAUACCAGAAAACAACAAAGUUGGGGCAAUUUCACCAAAAGAAAAGAGGAAGAGGCAGAUCCAACUCUCGGGAAACCAAGGGAGAGGUAAUCCCAGAAUUCUUACCAGGCACAAGUAACUCAGUUGCGGGUGGAUCAAUUGGAGACAGCGGCAUAGAAAAUUGUAAUAGACUAUUGAAGACACAACCAAGCCGAAAAAUUGCAGAAGAUCUGUGGGACUUUGCUAAACAAUUGGGGGUGAUAGCCGAGAAUGAGGAAGUGAUGAUCAAGAAUUUGGAAGAAAUGGAGAACAGAGACAGAAAAGCCAAGGCAGCAAGUUUGGAUAAGAAGGAAACCAAAAUGGGAAUGAUUGAUAAAAGAGCUUGCAGAUCAGUGUGGGGAAUAGAUGAGGUUGAUUGGGUAGCAAAAAAUGCAGAAGGUAUGUCAGGUGGAAUUCUUUGUGUAUGGAACCCUAGCACCCUUAAAAAAAAGAGAGUAUUGGAAGGGGAGUACUGUAUAGGUAUUGAAGGGGUGUGGGGAACAGAGGAGGUCCUUGUGUGCAUAAUUAAUGUGUAUUCACCUUGCCAAAUAAUGGGUAAAAGAGCACUGUGGAUAGAAUUGAAGAAUAUGGUGACAGGAGGGGGGAGUAUGUGGUGUGUUGUGGGGGAUUUUAAUGCUAUUCGAAGAAUUGAGGAAAGGUGGGGAUGUAGAAGUGUGUCAACUGAAAUGAGAGAGUUUGAUUAUUUUAUUCAAGAAUCCGAGUUGAUUGACCUUCCCCUUGCUGGUAGAAAGUUCACCUGGUACCACUCAAAUGGGAAUCAAAUGAGUAGAAUUGAUAGAUUCUUAUUGUCUGAAGGAUGGCUUUCAAAAUGGUGCGACACUAAACAGUGGGGAUUAACCAGAACAGUGUCAGACCAUUGUCCAAUAAUGCUGAAAGUCAAUAAAAUGAAUUGGGGACCUAAGCCAUUCAAGUUCUUUGAUGCUUGGCUCGAUGACCAAGGGUGUAGAGAGUUGAUUUCGGAGGGUGAACAAGGCCAGCUCACGGAAGAGGAAAUUAACAAAAGAAAGGAGGCACUCCUAGAUAUAUGGAAAAAUAUGAAUACCAAAGAGAGAAUGGCACAACAGAAGUCAAGGAAAACCUGGUUGGUUAAUGGGGAUGCAAACACCAAGUUCUUCCACAAUUGUGUCAAAGGCAAAUGGAGAAUCACAGAAAUGAACAGCAUACAAAUCAAAGAUUCUCAACUGGUUGAGCCUACCAUAAUGAAAGAGGAAAUUGCAAAUUUCUUUGAAAACAUGUUCAAAGAGGAGAACUACGAAAGACCAAAACUGGAGGGCAUCAGUUUUCAGCAGAUAACAGAGCAAGAAAAUGCAUCACUUGUAGCUCCAUUUUCAGAAGAUGAGAUCAAAGCAGCAGUAUGGGAUUGUGAAUGCUCAAAAGCACCGGGUCCAGACGGGUUUAAUUUCAGAUUUGUUAGAAGGGAGUGGGAGACAAUCAAAGGAGAUGUGAUAGGAUUCAUAAAGGAGUUUCAAGAAAAAGGAAAACUGGUCAGAGGGUUGAAUUCCUCAUUUAUUGUCUUGGUGCCAAAAGUGAAUAAUCCACAGAGGAUAGAAGAAUACAGGCCCAUAUCCCUUAUUGGUGCUGUGUACAAGAUCCUUGCCAAACUAUUAGCCAAUCGACUCAAAAAAGUACUCGAUCAAGUGAUUGGCAAGCAGCAAAUGGCAUUCAUAAGUGGAAGACAACUAAUGGAUGGGGUUGUGAUUGCAAAUGAGGUAGUAGACGAAGCGAAGAAGAAGAAAAGGAAGAGCUUCCUAUUUAAGAUUGAUUUCGAGAAGGCUUAUGACAAAGCGUGUUGGAAGUUCCUUGAUUGUAUGAUGCAGAAGCUGGGGUUCUACGCUACUUGGAGAAGGUGGAUCAUGGAGUGCUUGAGAACUAGCCAAGUUUCAGUGUUGGUGAAUGGCAGCCCUACUAGACAGUUCAAUAUCAGCCAGGGCCUUAGACAGGGAGAUCCCUUAUCUCCUUUUCUGUUCUUGAUUGUUGCAGAGGGAUUAAAUGGGAUGAUUACCACGGCUGUGCAGAAGGGACUACUGGAGGGUGUGGAGGUAGGAUCCAAAGGAUUCAAGAUAUCACACCUACAAUUUGCAGACGAUACAAUUCUUUUUGGCUCUGCAACGGAGCAAAAUGUCUGGGCAAUGAAAGGCAUUAUGAGAUCAUUUGAGCUUGUUUCGAGCUUGAAGGUUAAUUUCAACAAAAGUCAACUCCUGGGUAUUGCGGUGAAUGAGGAGUGGCUUGACAAAAUGGCAUGGGUGUUAUGCUGCAGAAAAGAUGGGAAAUAUUCUACAAGAUCAGCUUACAAAGUACUCACGAUGGAGCCAGACGGAGAGCAACGACACUCAAUUCUCAAAAGGACUUGGAACCCAAUUGUGCCAAGCAAGAUUGCAGCAUUCUCAUGGCAAUUAAUCCAAGAUAAGAUACCAACAAAAGGAAACUUGCUAAGAAGGGGCGUCAUUCAAGACCCUGCAGAAAAUUGCUGGGGAGUGUUUGAGCAACACAGCUUCUUACUCAAAACAGAGGCGAUGAAAGAAGGCUGGGAAUGCAUUUGGUUCGCUAUGGUGUGGACAAUUUGGUUGGCUAGGAACGAGCAAAUAUUCACAGGGAAAGCACAGAAGGAAGGAAGGUUAUUUGAGUUAAUCCAACUACGUGCCUUCCAUUGGUUAAAAGGCAGACGGGGAGAGGGCAUAAAAAAGGGAGGUUAUGGCAUUCUAGAAGGGCUGAGCAUUUGUGAAUCCCGACACGGACGUGGUAUCGACACUUUAUUAGGGUGUCGACACCAAACGGAAGAGCUUAGCCAAAUCUCCGACACGGACAUGGUGUCGACACAUUAUAUAGGUGUCGAUACCGAACGGAAGGGCUUUUUGACUAUCCCUUUGCUUUCAAACUGAGAUGUUUACGGGUUUGGGCUUUAUUAUUCACUUUCUUUUUCUGAUGUGGCAUGGCUUUUCUUUACAAUACUCGGUGUCAUUUUGUUUAUUCCUGGGUUCUAUUAUACACGGAUCGCAUACUAUGCAUACAAGGGAUAUAAAGGUUUCUCCUCCUCGAAUAUACCACCUGUUUAGAUGAUACCAGAUGUUUAGCUGCAUUGCCUUUUUUGUGCAGAUGUUUUACUGAGUCUUGUACUUUUCAUUUUCUAUGUUAUAUUUUCCCUUCUAGUAUGAAAAAAUAAUGUCCAGUACCAGUA